UAUAGCACGGAUGGUGAUGCUGAAGUGCGUGAAAAAUGUUAUAUGGGUCUUGGCGCGGUAAUGCGUGUGCUUGGUGAGAAGCAAGCGACUGCUGCUAUUGGCGAGGUACUAAGUGACAAGGGGAAGUCAACGAAAAUAACAGAGUACUGUAAGAAAGCAGAACAAGAGUAUCAAAGGUACCAAAAGACGAGAAUCGAACGCGGCCCUGCUGAAGCAGAUGAGCCGAGCGGAUCCGGAGAAAAUGAAGUGAGCCAGAAAGUAACAGAUAGCAGCGAAUUUCAAGAUAAGUCUACAGUUGAUGCAUGGAAUUCACUAGAAGAGACAAAAAUCAGCGAGGUGCUGCCAAAAAAUAUGGAAGAAAUGUUGACUUCAGAAAGCUGGAAAAAAAGAGUGGAAGUACUGGAGGCGUUGCUGGAUGUUUUGAGAAGCAACCCGCGACUUGAUCGUACAGAAAAUCACACCGUGCUCAUCAAUGUGCUGUGCAACGCACUCGAGAAAGAUGCCAAUGUUAGUGUAGCAGCACUUGCAGCAAAAUGCAUCACAGCUUUUGCACAGGGAUUGCGCUACGCAUUUUCUCGACAUAUACCAAAUAUAUACGUUGUCGCGUUUGAAAAAUUCAAGGAAAAGAAGGAAUUGCUGCGCAAACCGCUAAUUGAACUGUGCGACACGCUUGCAUUAUUUGUAAGUGAAAUUGCAUGGAGCAUAAAGUGUUUGGAGAAAAGAGAGCGAUUUUCUGAGGAUAGAAUUACAGUAAUUGUUUUCUUUUGA